CAGCGAGAUAAACAUUUAAGACCAGACAAGCUGCGUCAUGCCCUAUUUCUAUAUACAUGCUAUGUAGUUGCAUUUCACUACGACACAUUACAGUGUGACACCGUUUUAACACGUGACCUUCUUUCUCCUACCAUUUGACAACCACGAACGCCGCGACAAGCAGAAAAAACUUUGGGACAUUUUCGGUCACAAUAUGCAGAUGGUACUUUGUUGCAACAUUUUCAUGACGGUGGACAACGGAGAGAAGCGAGUUGACGAUCAUUUUUGUUCCGUAUAAAUUUAAGUCAUAGUGACAGACUUGUGGUACUUUGGAAACAGCUGCAGUUUAAUAUAUUUUAUCGCGAUGUUACGGCUCUUCACUAACCAGGGUUUUUAUGAACUCUAUAAAUGCAGUCAUUUUGUGGCAUCCUGUGUUACCAGGAGGCAAGUCAUCAAGUCAUGUCAAGUCAGUGUUCUCCCAGUCAGCGCCGGGCAUCACGUCCCUGCUCGCCUCUUCAAUACUGGGAUCCCAGUGUGGAACGACGCCCUCCAGCCAAAAAGAGAUUCAUCUGAGGAAAUGCAUACACUAGAUCUGGACAAAUGGAAAUAUGUAAUGAGAGCCCAAGCAGCCUCAGAAGAGAAACAACAAGUCAACGAUAUAGAGGAAGCAAGUGAUGAAGAUGAAAACCUCAAAGAUCCAGGCGGUGAUGUAAAGGACAGUUCUUCACUGGAGGCCACUCGGGAUCUGGUUGCAAUGUGGCGGCAAGCUGGGAAGCUCGUACCUCAAGAGAUGACUGAAGAAGAGGUUCAGACGCUGGCAGGGCUCACCACCAAGUCCUCCAGGAAGAAGUAUCUGAAGUACCUGGCCAUCAAGGAGGGCCACAAAAGGGCCCGUAAGGAGAAGCAGCAGCAGAAGAAGACAGAGAGGGAAGCCUCAAUGGAGGCGAGAAGAGGACGAGACAGUGAUGCAGAGCAAGAGAGAGGACCUGAACUUAAAAACACAUUGUUCCUCCAGUUCUGGGGCCGCACUCUGGACAAGCUCCUGGCCUGGAGGAGCGCCCAGGCCAUGCUGUUCGAUCAGCCUCUGGUGUUCGACAUGAGCUAUGAGUCCAACAUGGCCAGGCGGGAGCUGGAGAACACGGUGUCCCAGCUGAUGGAGGUUGAAGGGUGGAAUCGGCGUGCCGCUGAGCCCUACCACCUCCACUUUUGCAACCUGCAGCGAGAUGGGGCCUACCAGAACGAGCUGCUCAAACGAUAUGGUGCAGAAGCCUGGGACCGCCUGCUCAUCUCCUGCUCUGACCAACAGCAUGUGGAUUUGUUCCCCCGUGAACAGCUCGUAUACCUCACUGCGGAUUCCCCCAAUGUCCUCCGCAAAUAUGACCACUCCAAGGUCUACAUCAUUGGAGCUUUAGUGGAUAGGUCCAUCCAGUCAGGCUUGUCAAUGGCCAAUGCCAAGCGUCUGAAUCUGGCCACAGCCCGUUUGCCUCUGGAUGAGUUCCUUCACUGGGAGAUUGGAGCCAAAAAUCUGACUCUCGACCAGAUGAUCCGCAUCAUGCUCACUUUCAAGGAGACGGGGAAAUGGGAGGAGGCGUUUAAGUUUGUGCCCAAGAGGAAGUAUGAUGGCUUCCACCACCAACACACACAGAAAGAGAUUACCAAAAAAGUCAGGGGAGUCACAAAUCCCGGACCAAGCCAGGAUGGUGAAAGGUCAUUAAGAUCUGGAGAAAGAAAUAGUGAGAGGACAUUUAAAAAUCAGGGCCAAAGUCUUUACAGGUCCCAUAAAGAGUCCGGGUUCAGUAGUAGAGACAGAAUGGCUGCACUGCCCAGUGACCGAGAAAACAAACCAGCGGCAACCAGAGUACGGACAUCAUUUAAGAGCAACAUGGAGGGAAGAAAAGGUCCAGGCAAAGGCAAGAUGUGGUGGGGUGAUGAUUGAAGUCAACAUUUUGGGACUUGGGAUAAAAAA